UCUCAUUCUCUGAAUUUUCAUAUUCACACACACUCUCUAUCUACUCCAAUCUCAAGAAAAAUGGUUGUCGCUACUAAUCUCGGUUUCCCCUACGUCGGUGCUAAGCGUGAACUGAAGAAGUUGGUCGAGUCCUACUGGUCUGGCAAGAUCACCGAGGCCGAACUCCGUCAAGGCGUUGAAGGUAUCCAGGCCACCCACUGGAAGUUGCAGCAAGCCCAGGGUCUUAAACACAUUCCUUCUGGCGAGUACACUCUGUACGACCGUGUUUUGGAUACUGCCCAGCAGUUUGGUGCCAUCCCCACCCGCUACCAGAACAUUGCCAACCCCUUGGACCAGUACUUUGCCAUGGGCCGUGGUCUGCAGAAGCCCGCCACCGAGACCACCGCCAAGGUCGAUGUUCCUGCCAUGGAAAUGAAGAAGUGGUUUGACACCAACUACCAUUUCAUCGUCCCCGAAUUCGAGGCCGACCAAGCCUUCUCGCUCCAGAACCCCCGUGCUGUUGAGCAAUACAAGACUGCCAAGGCUUUGGGUAUCCAGACCCGCCCCGUCCUUGUUGGUCCCGUUACCUUCUUGAAGCUCGGUAAGCCCGCCAAGGCCGAAGAGCAGUUCGACACCUUGUCGUUGUUGCCCAAGGUCUUGCCCUUGUACGUCGAGUUGUUGAAGCAGUUGGCUGAAGCCGGUGCCGAAUGGGUCCAGAUUGACGAGCCCGUCUUGAUCUUUGACUUGGAUGCCGAGGCCAAGCUUGCCCUGGAAAAGGCCUACAAGACCUUGAAGGAUGCUGCCGCUGUCAAGAUCUUGGUUGCCUCCUACUUUGGUCGUGUCGAGAACAACAUCUACCCUCUCAAGGAUAACGUCGAUGGUCUCCACUUGGACUUUGUCCGUGCUCCCGAGGAGUUGGAACAGGUCUUGCCCUUGAUCGGUGAGAAGCAGGUUUUGUCGUUGGGUUUGGUCGAUGGCCGUAACAUCUGGAUCAACAACUUGGAGCAGUCCAUUCAAUUGGCUGAGAAGGCUGUCACUGCUUUGGGUAGCGACCGUGUCUUUGUUGGCCCCUCCUGCUCGCUCGCUCACUCGCCCUUCUCUACCGAGUUCGAAACCAAGAUCGAAAAGGCUAACCCCGAAUUGUUCUCCUGGUUGUCCUUCUCCGUUCAAAAGUGCAAGGAAAUCGUCACCAUUGCCAAGGCUUUGAACAGUGGUCGUGACUCUGUCAAGGAAGCUUUGGCAGCCAACACCGCUGCUGUCGAGUCGCGUCGCACCUCGCCCCAGACUGUCAACAAGGAAGUCCGUGACCGUGUCGCUCAGAUUCCCACCGCUGCCUGGAAGCGUGCUUCGCCCUUCCCUGUUCGUCGUGAGGCUCAGGUCAAGAAGCUUAACUUGCCCUUGUACCCUACCACCACCAUUGGUUCGUUCCCUCAGACCAAGGAGAUCCGUGUCGCUCGUCAGAAGCACAACAAGGGUGAAUUGUCCGAUGCCGACUACGAUGCUUUCAUUAAGGCUGAGAUGAAGAAGGUUGUCGACUUCCAAGAAAAGGUUGGCUUGGAUGUCUUUGUCCACGGUGAACCCGAGCGUAACGACAUGGUUGAGCACUUUGGUCACUUGUUGUAUGGUUACGACUUUACCCAGAACGGUUGGGUCGUCUCCUACGGUUCACGCUGCGUCAAGCCCCCAGUCAUCUUUGGUGAUGUCAGCCGUCGUGGCCCUAUGACCAUCGACGAGAUCAAGUAUGCCCAGUCGUUGACCUCCAAGCCCAUGAAGGGUAUGUUGACUGGUCCCGUCACCAUGAUGAAGUGGGCGUUCGUCCGUGAUGAUAUUCCCGCCAAGGAUCUCUGCGCCCAGGUUGGUCUUGCCCUCCGUGAUGAAGUCAACGAUCUUGAGGCCGCUGGUAUUCCUUGCAUUCAGGUCGACGAGCCUGCUAUCCGUGAAGGCUUGCCCAUCCGCCGCGCUGACUGGGAUGCCUACUUGGAAUGGUCUGUUGCCUGCUUCCGUUUGGCCACCUCUGGUAUCACUGAUGAAACCCAGAUUCACACCCACAUGUGCUACUCUGAUUUCAACGAUAUUUUCGAUGCUAUUGCUGCUUUGGAUGCCGAUGUCAUCACCAUUGAAAACUCCAAGUCUGAUGAGAAGCUGUUGAAGAUUUUCGAGACUAAGCAGUACCCCAACGAGAUUGGCCCUGGCUUGUACGAUAUCCACUCGCCUCGUGUGCCUUCCGUUGAGGAAAUGAAGCAGCGCUUUGCCGAUAUGCUCAAGUACAUUCCCGACCACCUUCUCUGGGCCAACCCUGACUGUGGUUUGAAGUCGCGUCAAUGGCCAGAGACCGAAGCCGCCCUGGUGAACCUUGUGGAAGUUGCCAAGUACUUCCGCUCGCUUAAGGCCCAGGCCUAAGCGCACGAUCCUCUUUGCACAUCUUAAUGCACCCACCUUUUCAACAGAAGUGUAGGGUUAAAGGUAAGCAACGAGUUCAACAGCUCCAUGCAUAAUCAUCAAAAUACAGAAGAAACGGUCCAUUGCGCGCUCGCUUUUUUUCUUGAUUGGGGCGAUUCUGGGAAGAACUAACGGCACUGUAAUACCUUUAUCAUUUUGCCCAAUGACACAACAACCCGAAAACAUCCUCUGUGGUUCAUAUAUUCCUCAUUUUGAGUUGUAUAUGUUCCACGGUUUCAACAACUUUCAAUAGCUAUUCUAUUCAACUACCUUUGCUCAGGAAAUAAAUCGUUCGCUGGCAGUUUUUUGUAACAAAAAUCUUGUUCUCUCUUUGCCUUGAUGGCUUUGUUUGGUCUGUAAAAUGGGAUGUGCAACUACAAGCACAGCACAAUGGAGGU